AUGCCGUCCAGCAUCUACUUCGCUGCCUCGGCAGCAGUGCUUGCCUGCUUUGCCCAGGUGGCCUCAGCGCAGACCAACAUCACAGCUACUGUCUGCGCCGCAGAAUCUGUCUUCUCUGAUUGCAAUGGGAACGUCGCUGAUAAAUGGCGCUCCUGUAUCAACGGGUGCAACGGCAAUGGCGACUGCAUCGUGGACUGCGGCUGUACCGCACAUCAGGAGUAUAUCAAUUGCAUGGCGCAGUCGUGCUGGAACCAGGUCUACUCCUGCGAGUACCAGCUCUUCGUCCAGCAAUACUUCGCCGUGUGCCCCAGUGCCGCGGAGCCGAUCCCCUUCUGGCCCGCCCCGGAAGAUGCCCCGAACCGCUGCUCCUGCAGUCUAGGCAAGGUUCUCGCCAAUACCCUCACUGCACGCAAAGAGCAGAUCGCCUGCAUGCAGAAUGUCACCGACCAGGCGCUCUCCAACAUCCCCACUAACCUCGCCGACCUUGGCAACGGCCUCGACAUUGCCAGAACCGCAACCGACUGCGCCUGCUGCGGCGCCAGCGCCAGUAUCUCCGCCUGGGAACCCGAUCAAUUAACCCACAUACUGCCCUCUAGUGCCUGGGAUGUCUGCCCCCACACAAUCCCCACCCUCGCCGGCGCCGAUCUCUGGCCGCUCUUCUUCCCCGCUGACCUUCCCAAUCUCUACACCUCGAUCCCGAACUGGGCCUGGUCCACCUGCGACAGUACCCUCGACUCCACCGACUGCGCCGCCGCCGGCUUCUCUGACACCGGCGACAAGUUCUACAAGCCCGGUGACUUCCCCGCCAACGGCACCGCCACGCUGCACAACGUCGCCGGCACAGUGACCGUGCCGCCCAGCGGGACCGUUAUCUCAUGGUCUCAGGCGUCCACGACGUGGACUGUUACGGCGACGGGCUUGGAUAGGAAGGCUGUUGCCGGGUCGACUGCGACGGCGACUGGCACGGAUGAAGCGUUUGUGACGCAGACGGCGAAUGCGGCGGCGAAGGGGGUGCGGGCUGGCAGUGUGCUGGGGCUGUUGGGUGUUUUGGGGGCUGCGGCGCUGUAA